AUGUGGAAAAAUUACUUAUUAUCAUUGGUGAAAAAAAUAGGUGGCAAAGACGUCCCAGAUGCUGAUGCGUCUAAGAAAGGAAAAAACGUUCUACCACCAGAUAUUGGUACAUCUGAGAAAGGGCAAACGUCCGAGGAAACUCCCUUGCUAAGGGAACAGUCCACUGUCUCCGUGGAGGGCGUUGAAACUACUAAAGUUGCUAUGCCAAGUGCAGAAGAAACUAAGAAGUGGAAUAAUCAAGGACACAGAGUUUCCGGUCAAACCUUCCUUCGUUUAACUGAAGAAAAACUUAUGGAAGAUGGCUUAAAAAGAGGACCGGCAGGAGCAAUCGCAGGGUUGAUUGAGACGCUUAAGGGCGAGGAGCAAGUGAAGUUAAAACGUAAACAUGAAGAAUCACCAGAAGAUUUAAGCGAGAUCGUAAAAAGUGCAGUGCGAGAGGAAUUCUCCCGGCAAAAGCCUGCUAAUCAGAUCCCAUUAAUAGAUGAAGACUUCCAACCACUUGGUCCCGUGUCAUGCCAACCUUUUACAUGGGAUGUGGAGAGGGAGGAAGCUCAGCAGAUGCAUAAUGUUGAGGUGUGGUUUAAGAAUGCGCUAAAUCUACCGAGAGGGUUUCAUGUGAAUGAUAUCCAUACGCAAGCGAACUAUCAACGACACUUACAAAGAGCGAAUGUCGUUUUAACAGGUGGCUCUGAUAUAUCUAUUGGACCAAGUGGGACAGCUUGCGUCUGGAUUGAAGCUAAGAAAACAAAGGAGGAUUUCAAGGAAGGUCAAGCUAUAGGAGAGUUGUUAUUAUUAGAUAAUCUCUACUCUAUAAAUUCAAUGGUUGUCUUGACGGAUUGUAACGCCCAUUGGAUUAUUUUCUUCUUCAUAAAAGUGGAUGAUGAACAAAACAUGGCAAAAUGUAGAAUUCAUAAUCCUGGCAUUGCUUUGGCGAUAAUCAAACAGUUUGUACUUGAAGAAGGGAAAAAGUUUCACAGUUGGAUAGGAAAGGUUGUCGAUUACAAUGUAGCAGACCUACCCCCUCUUCAGAAGAAAACGAAAUUUAUCGAACACAUACCUGGAGCAGAUCAUGAAGACAGGAUGGCAGACAUGAUUGACGACAUGUCUGAACAGGAAUUGUUCAAUAUGACUGCUCGCAAAAGGUUAAGGAUGCUAAGAAAUUGGUGUAUAUUAGAUGAACAACCACAAGUAGAUCAACUUAUUAGACAAUUUAGCGAUGAUUAUGAAAAACUACCACCGAUGAAGUUCGCAUAG